AUGCCCGCUACCACCAAAUUCGUCACUAGAUAUGCUAGCGUCGUGGACGUCCCAGUCAAAAGGAUCUGGGGUCUCCUCGCGUCAUGGGGCUCCGAACAACUCUGGAUGCCCGAUUGCACUUUCUCGUCGCUGGAGGGUUUCGGCAUUGGCUCUAUCCGCGAACUUCUUUUCACUACUCGGCCUGGUAUUACUACUAGAGAGACUCUCGUAGCUAUCGACCCCGAGGAUUACACCAUCCGGUUUCAAGUCGACAUCAGCAUCAUCCAAGAUGCAUUGCAAUACGGCAACGUCAAGCUCACCCCCGUAAACGAAACACAAACCGAGGUCAUCUGGUGGGGAGAGUCCGAUCUCGAUGACGAGACAUUGAAAGAGUCCCUCGACAAAUUAUACGAAUCUUUCAACAUUGCGAUCGCCGAUAAACUCAAGUCUUAA